GCUUUAUUAAAAUUCCUAUUUACGAGUCAACUUGGUUAGGAAGACUUUACAACCGCGAUCGAUUAGUUUCCUCACCGCGUUGCAUGAUGGGAUAGCGGGAUUUUCAAAUCCAUAUCCGCCUUUACUGGCGCCUGUAAGCCAUGGAGGGUCGCGUUAGUGCUGUCACCACCCCCGCUAACACGCACAGAACACGACGGAAGAGUUAUGGACGCAGCUGUAUGGAGAAUCCGUCUAUGUUCUGGCAAACACCAGGUAACAUAAACACCCUCGGCCGCAGGGGCCCUACCAGCAGACGGGUUGCCAGAUCCCAGAAUAUUGCAAGUAAAGUGGACACAGAGCAAUUGGCCCUUCUGGUGAAGCACGAGUGGAAGCUGGCAUACGUCACCCCGCUGUACCGAUUCCAGUACACGCAGCUCAAACUGUACUCCAAACACCUCACCGCUUUCAUCGUAGCCGAGAAGCAGCAAGGGGUCGCUGUCGAGGUGGGGCUGGAGGCAGGAUUUAAAGUCUCGCUCUCCACCGUCCACGGAAUGGCAGAAACAGAGGACGAUGCAGAAACCGUUUUCAUUCAGAUACACUCCAAACCAAUGUUUGGGACAGACACUCUGAAACCAGUGUGGCGCGGCUGGUUGACCUGCGUGAACGGAGAUUGUGAGUACCUGAGAUCACUGCCCCCUGACUUUGUCAGUCUUCCUCUGUUCUGCAGCAGUGGCCCCGAAUCCCUCACAGCUCUCGUUAAGUCCUGGUUCGAGCGCACCUUUGACUGUAAUUUCGGUGCGUUGUUUCUGAACUCCACCACUCUGAACUGGCUGGCUGCCCUGUGGACCGGCUGCCAUCCCAGCAGCAACAUCAGGUACCUGAAGCUGAGCUGGACCAUGCCCACGCAGCCCUCACUGGACAUCCUGUACACGGUGAACCCACAGGACGCCUGGGAGCUGUGGGACAGCAUUCACACGGACGACAGCACAGACGACAGAAUCCACGUCGACGAGGUGCAGCGGUUUAUGAACGGACUCGAGACUCACUUUUUCAGACAUUUUAAGAUCUACUUGUCGGCUGGGACACUCACGAAGGUCUCCACUUCCCACGGUUCAGCGCAUCACGAGGGCAAAAUCAAGAUCGGCAGCAGCGACUACAUCAGCACCUUACUGACCCUGCUGACAGAGUGCGCCCUCCGCAGGACACCCGUUUAAUUCCUCCGCUUUACUGUUAUAGCUGUAAAUGGCCUUUGUUUUACUGAAUACAUGUGGCAAUCUCUGUAGUCAAGCACAAAUUUUAAAAUUGUAUUUAUUUACACAUCUUUGUCAAAGUUGUACCUUUAUCUGGAUUUUUGUUUUUAAAUCUGAUUUUAUUUUAUUUUUUAUUAAAUCCAUACAGAUCAAAUGUCAA